UAAGCAUAUCAAAAUCAUAUCAUAUCUUUCCUUCAGCCUUCUCUCUACUCUUCCUCUUCCAAACGCGCCAUUCCCAUUUCUCUCUCUCUUCUCAUUCUUCUUUACACUUUUUCUUUCUUCUCUGCAUACUGCAAACCUAAUUUUUUCGACCUAUCCAACAAAUUCUCACCACGCGCGCACUCGGAUUCGGACAGAUCAUGCUGCGUCUGUGCUACGGUCCUCUCGAUUGCUGCUUCCGACGCCGUGGUGGCCGCGCCGCCGACGGACUACUCUGGCAUACAGACUUGAAGCCCCACGCCUCCGGCGACUUCUCCAUCGCCGUCGCACAGGCCAAUUACAGUCUCGAGGAUCAGAGCCAAGUCUUCACCUCCCCCUCCGCUACCUACGUCGGCGUCUACGACGGUCACGGCGGCCCCGAAGCUUCUAGAUUCGUCAACAAACGACUCUUCCCUUAUUUACACAAAUUUGCCACUGAGCAAGGGGGUUUGUCUGUGGAUGUGAUAAAAAAGGCAUUUAGUGCCACAGAGGAGGAAUUCCUGCACUUGGUGAAGCUUUCCUUGCCCAUUAGUCCUCAGAUUGCUUCUGUGGGGUCCUGUUGCCUUUUUGGUGCAAUUUCUAAUAAUGUGUUGUACGUUGCUAACCUCGGAGACUCUAGAGCUGUUCUUGGAAGGAGGGAUGUCCAGAGAAAGAACAGUCCAGUGGUGGCACAGCGCUUGUCAACUGAUCAUAAUGUAGCUGAUGCGGAGGUGAGAAGAGAAGUUGAAGCUCUCCAUCCUGAUGACUCACACAUAGUGGUUUAUAGCCGAGGAGUUUGGAGGAUAAAGGGCAUUAUUCAGGUUUCAAGAUCUAUUGGUGAUGUGUAUUUAAAGAAACCUGAUUUCUACCGAGACCCUGCUUUUCAGCAAUUUGGAAAUCCUAUUCCUUUGAAGCGUCCCGUGAUGACAGCUGAACCUUCGAUCAUUAUCAGGGAGCUUGAGUCGGAGGAUUUAUUCUUGAUAUUUGCUUCCGAUGGACUGUGGGAACAAUUAAGUGACGAAGCAGCAGUUCAGAUUGUUUUCAAGUAUCCAAGAGCUGGAAUUGCCAAGAGACUGGUGAGAGCCGCUCUUCAAGAAGCUGCAAAGAAGAGAGAGAUGAGAUAUGAUGACAUAAAAAAAAUCGACAAAGGAAUAAGACGACACUUCCAUGAUGAUAUCACUGUGAUUGUAAUCUAUCUUGAUCACCAUGCGGGAUCCUCUAAUGGUAGAUUCAAGCAAACUGCUGUUGGCUAUACAACUGCACCUGUUGAUAUUUUUUCCCAAAAUGCGGACGAAGCAGAAAAGAGAAUGCUUGGUGCAAUUGCCUGAAGAGUGAAGUUAUUUCCAAGGAUCAUACACUGACAUUAUUCGGGGCGAAAAUAUUUAUAGGUGACGAUUAAUAUUGUUGGUAAACAAAAAGAAAUUAUUGACAGAACAUACAAAUUACUGCAUAGAUAUAGUAGCUUGGAGUGACUGACAGAUUUUUUCUGAUGCAGAUAUGCAUAUGUAUAGUUUUGAAGUCUAUUUUUUGGGUUUGAUGGUAUCAAUUUUGUUUUUCUUUGGAAAGAAAGAAAAUAAAAUUACAUUGAUUGUUCAGUCGUGAUAUUUAUCUCCCGGUAACGUCGAUGGAGGGUAAUGGCAUUUGAGGGGUGAGUGGAUACUUUCACAAGCAAGCACAUUCAUGUUGCCAUGGUACUAAUAUUGAUCACAGCCAUGAUUAGGAAGGUUCUUUUCAAAUGUUGGUUGUGUCAUUUCCCACCUUAACAGGCUGAAAAUUUGUGUUUGACGCGUUCUAAAGUAUGCUGGAACAGGCUGCAUUUUAUUCAUCAGACAUUUGACUUUUUUUGAGUUUGGAAACCAAGAAACUUUUGGAUCA